CUCCCUCCUAUGUAAGUAACUUCCAUCGUCGCAUGGGCGAGUAUGCCGAGUUCGACGCAACAGAGCCCUUGAUCCUCUACGCCAUGGAAUCAGGAGAUGUACAGCAGACAGCAGACAGCAUUUCCCGCCAUUGCAGACGCAUUCAUGUCCGAUUGCCAAACCGUGGUCGAUGACCUUCCUAUGGAACAUGCUCCUACGCUCGGACCCCCCGGAAGAUUUAUUCGAAGACAUCCAUUUGACAUUUCACUGUUCACUGUCUUUGGCCUCAGAGAUGUUGUCAGUGGCCGAUCUGGCUGAUCGUUGAAAGAUGAUCACAUGAUCAUGGCACAGUUAACUGUUUAUCGUUACAUCCCUUAAUUUGAAUCCUGUCAAUCUACGCCAUCCACCAUUCCUUGCCUCUUCUUCCUCGUAUAACGCUAUGCCGGAACGUCUUCCUCUCGAACUCCUUAAGGCUACUGCAUCGUCGCCGUAUCUACUAGCGUCUCAACCGCUUAUCCAGUCCACAUCCUUUGCUCGAGAACUUGAUGGCCUAGAACAUGCUUGGGGUCUUCAGCGCGGUGACAUCAACGCGUAUUUUGAGACGGACGAUAACACUUUGCGGUUGAAUUAUUCCUUGCUCGAUUCGUUCAAAGAGUCUCAUUGGCUUUUGGCUCCCACGGGAGAAACCCUUGACCGUAUCGUUGACUGCUACAAUCGCAACCUCAAGAGGAAUGCUCCUAGCCGCAUACCCUUUUAUGAGGUGUGUCCUCUUGCGAAUGAGUAUGAAUACACCAUAAUACCUCUUUGCCUGAGUGGCCCGAUAUUUGGCAAAUCUUCCUCUGGGGAAAUUGUCUCCUUCGCUGACCCAUUCAAUGAUCUUGUGGUUACAUCGAGAGCGAACCCAUUCUUCGUGGCGGCGCUUGCUUCUCGCUACAGCGGCUAUGAAAUUGAAGCACCCGUCUACUUAACUAUAGUAUUAAAACUCCUACGAUUAUUUCGGGGAGCAUAUGCUCUGGUGCCACUCAAGUUCUACGAAGGGAGCCGGCCAGGAGACUUUGGUCGAGAGCUGCCGGAAAGUUACCGUGAUCUACCGCAGUUUGCUUCAGGGAAAUCGGAUUCCCGCGUUCCCGCCCUUACUACAUCGUCUGCUUCCUCUUCCUCUGAUUGUAUCAGACCUUUAAAACGCAGCAAAGAGGAUCUGUCUGAAGAAGAAGAUGAGGAUCAGUAUCAAGAGCGGCACUUCUACAAACGUAUUCAAGUGGAUGCAGGACAUAAAACCAUCAGAAUUUGUGUUUGAUACUGGAAACGACGAAGAGAUUGGAGGUUAUGCUCUCGAGACGCCUCGGAAACUUGUGGAUGAAAUUCCGACAGAUGCAGAUGCGAUAUGGCGAGAGCUAGUGGAGGAGAAAGGAACGGUAGUGAUUUACAUAUAUUGAAACGCAAACGGACACCUGCUCGGUCGCUGUCAUAAUAUUAUUUAGGUGGAUAAUUCUCUAAACUUAUUUGUCGUAUUUGGGUCUUGUGAGUGAUCAAAACCGGGGGAAUUUAGCAUCUG